AAGAAGACGCGCGACGACGUUGACAUUGCCAAGUUGCCACAGCCAAGUCGAUAGGAUAGAUGUCGAGACAAACGAUCAGAGGCUUCCACCAGCGAGUAGGUAGAUCGAUGACAGUCCAGCGACGAGGCAUCGCCAGCGCGGCACCUUCCGCGAGUGGCCAUACAUCAUCGCCGGAACACUCUGCAACGGCCAACUUGCCCUCAUCGGCCUAUCUAUCGCCUAGCGGUAACCCUGAUUUCCCCGAGGCUGCGACGACGGGCACGCCUGCUGAUCUCACGAGGGCUCAGCGACGCAUCAUCGAGAGAAUCAUCAGGGUUGACCAGGCAGGCGAGCUGGGAGCCAACUGGAUCUACAGAGGACAGCUCGCCGUCCUGGGCAGGAACAAGUCCCUGGCAGAGCUCAUACAGCACAUGUGGGAUCAGGAGAAGAAACACAUUCAGACAUUCGACAAAGUCAUACUGCAGCAUGGCGUCCGGCCUACCGCCCUCUACCCGUUUUGGAAGUUAGCAGGCUGGUCACUCGGCGCCGGCACAGCUCUCAUGGGCAGAGAAGCCGCCAUGGCCUGCACGGAAGCGGUCGAGACCGUCAUCGGCGAGCACUACAACGACCAACUGACUGCGCUAUCCAAAGUGCCGCAUGAUCAUCCUUCCAUCCCGCUCCUCGCAAAGAUCCUUGCCGAGUUCAGAGACGACGAGCUCGAGCACCUAGACACUGCAGUUGAGAACGACUCUCAGAAAGCACCCGCGCAUGCUUUACUCAGCGCAAUCAUUGCUGGCGGCUGCCGCGUCGCUAUUGCAGCCAGUGAGAGGAUAUGAGAUAGCUGCUGUUACAUGUUGCUUGCAUUAUACAGUUUAUCACGAC